ACACCCUUGGUUUUCACCGUCGUCCGUCCGAUUCUUGUCCGACGUUCGUCGUUGUUGGUUGGUUCGUCGUGUUGCACUGGUUCAUAUCCUUUCAAUUCAUUCGGCCAUCCGGGUUCGAUUCUGAUUCCCGGGCAAUGCACGUGGCAUUGCCACUACCUGACUGCUUGGAACAGCAGAUAAUCCGGCUUAUUGAUAAAUGUUGCUUCACAAAAUGGCUGCUGUCAAGAUAUGUAGGCAGCUUAUUCUGAAACCUGCAAGCUCCAAACUUCUCCAGGCCUGCUCAACCGUGGUGAUUGCUGAAAGAACUGCCUACUGGAACCGCGACUGGAAGCCGGAGCCGCGGCCGCCGCAGGGCGCCGACCAGCACGCGGCCGCCGCGCACAAAUACGGCCUGCUGCCGGCCGACUACCGACCUCUGCCCGACGACGGCGCCGGACUGGGCGACUACCCGGCCGUGCCUCUCCACUCGGCUGAGGCGCGCGACCCCAACUACAACUGGGACAUGCCAGAGCUGAAACGCGACUUCGGCGAGCCCAUUCACCACGAGAUGGACAUGUUCGGAGAGGACCGCUACAACGCGGACCGGCGGCUGCGCAUCUCCAUCCCGCAGAUGUGGGCCGCCUUCCUGGCCGUCGUGGCCGGCUACUCGCUGCUCUUCUUCUACUUCGACAACAAGAAGAUGUUUAGGCCCGUGAUGCCGCGGCAGUACGUGCGCGACGGACCGCACUACUCCUUCCAACUAAAAGAAUGAGUGCUGCUGACCUGUGCUGAGCGCGGCUGAUGUCCGACACGAGUGAUGCUAAUACAUGGCCGGUAGUGAGAA